GCACAUCCGGGUCAGAGUCAGAUUGAGCGUGUUGUUGACAGGAGCUCGCUGAUUUCUCUUUAAUUUUCUUUCUCCUUAAGUGUCGCAAUGAUGUAGAUAAGGAGGAUAUUUGUGAUCCCUCCAUGACACGCGUGACCGGCCUCCGUCCCCGCGGGAUUCGGCGUGAAGACGUGAUCAACUGAAAGAAGGGGGAAGGAUGUGGCAGAGUGUUGGAUUGACCGUGUUGGUGAUUGUGGCCACGCUGAUAUGUGUCCUCCUCUUCAUGCUCUUCGGGUGGUAUGUGGUGUGGCAGCUCUUCCUAUCGAAGUUCAAGUUCCUACGGGAGUUGGUGGGUGACCCCGGUUCCCCUCAGGCUGAAACCGUUCCUUCCGAAUCUGAGAGCGAACGCAGCACGCCUCUGACUCCCCGCCACCGACCCAAGACCGCUCGCCAAAGGACCGUCCCUCCAGACAGCACUACAUAGAGCCCCGAAACAAGAUUGUCUCAUUUCUAUGUCUCUCAAUAACCGUUUUCCUUAUUUAGACUAUGGAUAUGAGGACGUUUCCUGUGACCUGUGCCCCACCCAUCUGUAACAGACCUGCAUUAAUAGCUGUGCUCCACAUCCACUCAGUUGUCAUGGUUACACUGGUUCUCCUCGCCCCCUCUCGCCCCUUUUUAUCGGGAAACCCGAUAAAAAGUCUCUUCAAGAUAAAGUCAAGUUUUGGGGUGUGAACUGAACAAAACAUGUAAAUUCCAGCGCAGCAACACGUUUACGUCCCAAAUAACACGCUGCUACCCUUAGCCUGUGCAACAGCGUGGAUGUGUAAAUAUAUUUGCGUGAGAGCGUAUCGUUUUUGUAUGUGUUAAUGUUAACUUUUAAGCGAUCUAUUAAUAUCUAAUGAAUCAAGUUAACAAAAAUCUGAUUUACAGCUGACAACCAAACAUCCAGCAUUUCCGUGGGCUAUUUACACUGACCUUUGUCCUAUAAGUGCAAUAAAAACUUCUUUAUUUUUCUUCCGAGUGGAAAUGUCAGAGAGCAAACAAACAUUUUAACAGGCCGCACACCCUAAAGACAUUAAAAAUCGCCCCACAAGGAGGAGGAGAGUGUUGUUAUACAUUUCUGUGUGCUUUGAUGGCCGUCAUUAGUUGCCUCCCUCCCUUGUGCCUCUGGCUGGGGUCGCUUUAUAAAAGCGAUAGUGCUAGAAACGCCACUGCCCGACCCUGCCUGUGUUGUAAAAGUGUAUUCACAGUUAUAUAUUAGUUUGUCAAAUGCAGUUGUCACAUCUGUAGACGGUCAGAUUUACAUGUUACGUUAAAUGUAUUCUUUCGUCCUUUAUGACAGUAGAUGUUUUUCCUUCAUAAUAAAUACAUUUCAUCAA